AUGACUUGUCGACAGUGGCAGCUCUAUUGCAGACCGCUCCUCUUCCAUCAUCUGACCCUUCGCCACCUCCAAGAUGUGUGGUUUUUGGCCGGUGCUCUUGGCUCGCCACUAUCAGCAUGGCUGGCGAACCACGUUCAGGUGCUCAAAUUUGUUCCGGAAGAACCUGGUUUCCCCAUCUAUGAAUUUCAAAGAGCUUGGAGGUCGCUAUCAAGGCAUCUUAGUGGUCUCAGCGAGAUCCAUUUUGACUCUGGCCUGUCCACCAUCAACAGCACAUUUUGUCCUCUGCUGUCCCGACCCUGCCCUCGCGCAUUACUCCAUGUGAGAGAUCUCGAUUUGCGAAACGUCCGCUUCCCGUCCUUCUCAGCUCCGUACCGUGCCUUGAGCGCUCUGCGCUCUCUAGAGAGCCUGCAGCUGGCCCAGAUUCAGUGGUCUGUGCCUUGCACCAUGGAUUGCCCACCGUCGUGUGCCACACCCUUUCCCGACAUCAAGCACUUACAUGUCGAAGGAUCCUCCAAGUUCUGGCCCUCCGCAUGGAUGUUUGCGUUGUCAUCACUGCGAUACAGCGCCAGCUGGCGCAGCCCUCAGGGCAAUGAGGCUGUCUCGACCGAAGACGUGCACGCGCACAUGCGUGUCAUCGCGGAGAUGACACAGUUUGCAGAACAGAUGCGUGUAUCUGACUACGUCUCGUUUUCCGAAGUCAAGGGCAAGACAGAAGGUCUCUCUCGGAUCACCAUCUUCUUCGGGCGACGAAACUCGUUGGUGCUCGGGUUUACGGUCAGUCCGCCCUGCUCAGGUCGGAAACAGCAGUACAGGUCCCUGUCGCAAGUUGUCGUCCUCAUUGACGACCACUGGGAAGCGGUCAAUUGGGUGGGUGUCGAGGCAGUCCUGGUCCAUUCACCAACCGCAGUUCCGGUUGACGUUAUUCCUGGGUGGCAUUUUCGUUCACAUGAAGAGGAAGAACUGCAGGCUCGUAUGCCGGGAAGGAGAGCGACGCUGCAGCGCGUGAUGAGCGACAUUGAUAAAGUCAAGAUGGUGAAAGAGUUUUGGGAGAAUGCAUGA